CUAAGUCCUAACGAUAUCUUUACUUUCCCGAAAAUUAAAAACAGACUGCAUGGUCAAAGGUUCCAGUCACCAGAAGAAGCAAUUGACGCAUUCAAAAAUGCCGUUUUGGAUCUGCCAGCAAACGAGUGGAAUAAGUGCUUCGAAAAUUGGUUCGAGCGCAUGCAGAGAAUACUUCGAAAAACAAUAAAGUCAUUUAAAACUACCUACCGUGUAGUUUUAUUUCCAUAUGCAAAACUUAAAGGACAUC